CUGGAGCUGCGGGUCUCCGGUCGGGAGGCGAGGGUACUUGGGUUGCAGCGCGCAAGCGCAGCAGGUCUCGGCCAGGGGCGCGCGCCGCUGCGGGACUCAGCACGCAGGCGCGCGGUCCUCCCCACUAAGGGCAAGCGCCGGCCGGGCAUUCGUGCGCAGGCGUCUCUCGGGGAGCGGAACCCUGGGGGUGGGCCCCGGAUUUCCGGUCUCGGGUGCAACGAACGGCCGCGGCGGCGACAGCUACCGCUUGAGCGGCUGCAGAGGAGGAAGAAGAGGAGCUGGGCAAGGCCGGAACCUCAGGCGGGAACCCUCAUAAUGGGUCCGCGGACCUAGACCUGUGAAAGCUACCGGCCCGGUGCCGAGCUGGCCCCUGCUCCUUCCUGUGGCUCCCAUGGCUGAGGAGUGGCUGGACUGCCCAGCCCUGGGCCCCGGCUGGAAGCGUCGUGAGGUUUUUCGAAAGUCAGGUGCCACCUGUGGACGCUCAGACACCUAUUACCAGAGCCCCACAGGAGACAGGAUCCGAAGCAAAGUUGAGCUGAUUCGAUACCUGGGCCCUUCGUGCGACCUCACCCUCUUCGACUUCAAACAAGGCAUCCUGUGCUAUCCAGCCCCUAAGGCCCAAUCCUUGGCUCUCCCCAGCAGGAAGCGGAAGAAGCCUUCGAAGCCUGUUAAAGCUCGAAAAUGUCAGGUUGGAUCCAAGAGGGUUGAGGUCAGAAAGGAGGCCCCAGGGGCUAAAACCAAGGCUGAUGCUGACACAGCCCCAGCUUCGCUCCCUGCACCUGGGCACUGUGAGAACUGUGGAAUCAGCUUCUCAGGGGAUGGUACCGGAAGGCAGCGGCUCAAGACAUUGUGCAAGGACUGCAGAGCGCAGAGAAUUGCUUUCAACCGGGAGCAGAGGAUGUUUAAGCGUGUGGGCUGCGGAGAGUGUGCAGCCUGCCGGGUAACGGAGGACUGCGGGGCCUGUUCCACCUGCCUCCUGCAGCUGCCCCAUGAUGUGGCCUCAGGGCUGUUCUGCAAGUGUGAGCGGAGACGGUGCCUCAGGAUUGUGGAAAAGAGCCGAGGGUGUGGAGUAUGCCGGGGCUGUCAGACCCGAGAGGACUGUGGUCGUUGCCGAGUCUGCCUUCGCCCUCCCCGCCCUGGUCUCAGGCGCCAGUGGAGGUGCAUCCAGCGGCGCUGCCUACGACAUCUUGCUCAUCGCCUGCGUCGCCACCAUCAGCGAUGUCAACGACGCCCUCCCCUAGCUGUGGCUCCCCCUGCUGGUAAGCGUAGCCGCCGCAGGGGAGGCUGCGACUCCAAGAUGGUUGCCCGGCGGCGUCCCAGAACCCAGCCACUACCUCCGCUUCCUCCGCCUCAGCCUCCAGAGUCCCCAGAGCUGCACCCCAGAGCCCUGGGCCCCUCAUCACCUGCUGAGUUCAUCUAUUACUGUGUAGACGAGGACGAGCUACAACCUUACACAAACCGCCGGCAGAACCGCAAGUGUGGGGCCUGUGCAGCCUGCCUGCGACGGAUGGAUUGUGGCCACUGUGACUUCUGCUUCGACAAGCCCAAAUUCGGGGGCAGUAACCAGAAGCGCCAGAAGUGUCGUUGGCGCCAAUGCCUGCAGUUUGCCAUGAAGCGCCUGCUGCCAAGUGUCUGGUCAGGGUCUGAGGAUGGGGCAGUGUCACCCCCACCUUACCCUCGUCGAAAGAGGCCUGGAUCUACUCGACGGCCCCGUGUGGGCCAUACCUUGAAGACACCCUCGGGCACGCCCACAGCCCGACCAAACCAAGCCCAGACUCCAGUGAAACAGGAAGCAGGCAAUGGCUUUGUGUUGCCCCCACCUGGCACUGACCUUGUGUUCUUACGGGAGGGUGCAAGCAGUCCCGUGCAGGUACCUGGCCCUGCCCCAGCUUCCACAGAACCCCUGUUGCAGGUGAGGGCCCCACCUCAUCCUGCCCUUCCCAACCCUAUCCAGCCUUGUUCCGGGAAGCUGGGACCAAGUCUGCUGCAAUCCUCCUUCACACAGGGGGCCCAGUGCCCUGGCCUGAGUUGGGUUGUGGUCUUACCCCAGGUGAAGCAAGAGAAGGUGGAUGCUCAGGAAGACUGGAUGCCAGGCAGAGCCAUCCUGACCUCUCCCGUAUUGCUGCGAGGCUGCCCCAGCAAGGCAGUAGACUCAGGCCUGCCACUUGUGAAGCAAGAGCCACCUGACCCUGAGGAGGACAAAGAGAAGAGCAAGGAUGACUCAGCCUCUGAUUCGGCCCCAGAGGAGGCAGGAGGGGCUGGCACGCCAGUGAUCACGGAGAUUUUCAGCCUGGGUGGAACCCGUCUUCGGGACACAGCAGUCUGGUUGCCAAGGUCCAAGGACCUUAAAAAACCUGGAACUAGAAAGCAGUAGACUGGAGGCUUCUGCAGACUGUAGGAUUCAAGGUGAAAUUUACAGACCGGCUUUAUGAGAGACAACACUGACCUACUCAGAGGCUGGACCGUAAAGCGAUUGCCAGGGCUUGUGUAGGAAUCAGUGGGAACUGGAAACACCACCAAAGCAGAGGAGCAGGCCUGUUCAGUCCUUUGAGCUUAUAGAGGAAGUAAGGAAGAAAGGAAGAGAAAGUAGAAAGUUGGUGCAUCUGCUCUAAAUGGUGCAAAUCCCAGAAGCCUGAACAUGACAAGAAGUUUGACUGUUAGGGGUGGAGGAACUGGUGUUAGGGUGGGGGAUAGAAUUAGAGCCACCAUAAACAAGCCCUCUUCAUAACUAUUAAAUGGCUUCUGCGUGAGACCUGGCAGUGUCUCUAAACAUUUCCUCAGGGAGACAGCAAUUGAAAAUGUAAUGUGAAUAAAUAAGGAAAGGAACUGCAAGCUGGUGAGUUCUUCCUUAUGGACCCAGUUUAUUUCUCAGAAUGGUCUUUUCAGGAAGACUGACUGUGCCCAUUUUUGCAGAUGGAAAAACAGACUCUGAAAUUAAAUAACUUGUCCAAUGUCAAACAGCUAGUAUUGAUAGAGUCUAGAAUUAAACCAUUAAUUAAUGUAAAAGCCUUGUUCUUUAAGCCACUAACCCAUAAACUGUAAUCCUGAGUUCAGUAAUGUGUAAUUAUAUAGUAACAAGUUUCCAGCAACUCCAAAAACAAGGUGGAUUAAUUUUAAGCAUUAUAACAAAUCCUUUACACUGCUGUCUCUAGGGGUGCCAAGGCUGUGUGCUUGGGUCACCUUGUUAGAGCACCUGUGCAUCCAGAGACUGGGUUCUUUCCAGGUCUCUGGGGUUGCGUAAGAUUCCUCAAACCCUAAGGGUAUCCUUCCACACUGGCUGCUGUCCAUUUUGCGUUUCCCUCCCUCCUCCUCUUCAGCCAAAGCAGUCUUCGAAGUAGAGCUGUCAGCUUGGCUCAUCUUUCUUGACCACUUGUGUCCCCUGCCCCUUGACAUUCAUGCUUGGUUUCUGCUCUCAGCCUGUCUACUAGGAGUAUGAGUUUCUGCUUCAAGUCCUGUCAAAGGGCCAGUCUUGGCUCAGCCUGCCUCACUGUCCAAUAUUUUGCAUAGUGCUAAAAGUGAUGAGACAUGAGAUCAUUCCUUAGCCAGCUUUACAAGGUCGGGACUGAGUGUGUGCCCCUUAAGUUUUGUAGCUUUUGUGCAUCCCUUGCCUUACUCUAGUUCCAGCCUUGCAGCUUUAAUAAUUCAGAUGUAGAUUAGCUAUUUCCCUACUGUAACUCAUGAUACAGCUCUCUGCCACCCUCUUCUGCUCCUUCCUUUGCCUGUCCCACCUACUUCAGCCAGUCGACUGGAUAAUUUUCUGCUAUUGUUUUGCUCCUCCCAGGAUCCAACCACCCAACCCUAGAAUGCUGGUAAUUUUGACAAUGAUGUCCUAUGUGAAAUUGAUUUGAUUGGUAUUCUGACUGAUGAAAUAAGAAUCUGGUUAUCGUGUGUAUCAGGGUACAAUUAGAAAAGCAGCACCACUGACAUAAAGAUUUUAUAUAUAUGUAUGUAUGUAUAUUUAUAUAUAUGUAUAUAUGUAUAUAUAUAUGUAUAUUAAGGGAUUUAUAGGUAUUUGACCAUACGCAAUUGUGGGAGCAGGUUAAACAGUCUCUGUAAGGCUGUGGUAUUUGCAUCUAAUGCUGGAGCUUGAAGUCUGCAGGGCAGGCAUUCGGGAAGGGAAGAUGGAUGUAAAUGUGGGAGACCGAGGACACAUUGGCGCCCACAAGCACAAGCUGGACCCCCCUGCAGAUGGCCUGGAACCCAUGUCACUCACCACCUCCAACUUCGAUGACGUGG